UGCACGCUUAAAAUUAAAACAGAGGUAGCUAAAUAAAAACAAAAUUUAAAGGAAAAGACCAUAAAUUAAAGAUUCCUAAAUUCUGGAGGCGUGUUUUGAUUAUCAGAAGACCAAAUCGAGGAAUCCGGAAAGGGAAGGAGAGAGUGGUUUCGUUCUUCCCUUUUCGACUCCUUUCAAAUUGUUCCUUUUUCAUUUCAAUUCGCAUAGAAUUCUUUUCCUUCUGAUUUGAUUAGAUUAGUGAAGAUGGGAAUGAAACAAGUCAUUAAAAACCUCGACGCCUUUCCUCGCGCCGAGGAUCACUUGUUGCAGAAAACCCAAUCUGGGGCUCUCGUAUCCGUAAUUGGUUUGAUUAUAAUGGCCACAUUGUUUGUGCACGAGCUCGGUUAUUAUCUUACAACUUACACCGUUCACAAGAUGUCAGUGGACUUGAAGCGAGGGGAAACUCUUCCAAUUCAUAUUAACAUGACGUUUCCUUCUUUACCUUGUGAUGUUUUGAGUGUAGACGCCAUUGAUAUGUCGGGCAAGCACGAGGUGGAUCUUGAUACGAACAUAUGGAAACUUCGCUUGAACAGUUAUGGCCAUAUAAUUGGCACUGAAUAUAUAUCUGAUCUUGUUGAAAAGGAACAUACCAAUCAAGAGCAUGAUGAUAAUAAAGAUCAUGAUCAUCAUCAUGAGCAUUCAGAACAGAAGAUUCAUUUGCAAAACCUUGAUGAAUCUACUGAAAAUAUUAUCAAGAAAGUGAAGGAAGCAUUAAAAAAUGGGGAAGGAUGCCGGGUUUAUGGUGUUUUAGAUGUUCAAAGGGUUGCUGGAAAUUUCCAUAUUUCAGUACAUGGACUAAAUAUAUAUGUUGCACAAAUGAUCUUCGAUGGAGCAAAGAAUGUGAAUGUAAGUCAUUUCAUCCAUGAUUUAUCAUUUGGCCCCAAAUAUCCAGGACUUCACAACCCACUUGAUGACACAACAAGGAUUCUGCAUGAUACCAGUGGAACAUUUAAAUAUUAUAUAAAGGUAGUUCCAACCGAAUAUAGAUAUAUCUCAAAAGAAGUUCUACCAACUAAUCAGUUCUCAGUAUCAGAAUAUUAUUCCCCCAUUAAUCAGUUUGAUCGGACCUGGCCAGCUGUCUACUUUUUGUAUGAUCUAUCACCAAUUACUGUCACUAUCAAGGAAGAGCGCCGUAGUUUUCUUCAUUUUAUUACUCGGCUUUGUGCUGUGCUAGGUGGAACCUUUGCUGUGACAGGAAUGCUGGACCGUUGGAUGUACAGACUUCUUGAAGCUUUGACUAAAUCAAAGUCUAAACGGUAGAUCAUGAAUUCAUUGCAAUUUCUAGCAACUACUCUACGUCUCCAACCAAGGGGUUUCAGGCACUGUAUGGAAUUUGCUGCCACUAAAGAUUAAAAAAUAUAGUGGUGGCAUAGUUGAAUCAAGCAUUAACUUUUAAGCACGUGAUCAUACAGUUCCUUAUAUUGUCUGACAUCAAUGACUAAGAGAUCUUAAUCUCUUUUCUUUUGGAAUGAAUAUUUUGGGUUCGGUUUUGACUGUAGACAGCAUUGUCUUGUCUACCACACCUGUGGAAUUUACUUUGUAGAACUCAAAUUUUGAAUAUAGAGAUGUAGAUAGAUUGUCUGUUUCUCGCUGUGCAACCCAACAUUGGAUUUUCCUGAUUAAAUUAUCCUAAACUGCAUGGAACCUGAGAUUUCUG